UUAUGUUUCUUCCCAUAUUUAAAUUUUUUUUUGAUAAGGACAAAGCAUUAGUUCCUUUAUCAACCAAAGAUCUUACCCUACAUAAAAAUCAGCAGUUGCAAAUACAAAAAAAAACGGCUGAAUCUGAAUAGGGUUCAAUAUUUCGCUACUUUUUAAUCGUAUCAAAAGCAUAUCAGGUACAUAGGUAGAUAGACAAUAACAUAAGGAGAAGUUGUUCUUAUUAUAAUAUAAACAAUAAGAGUAAUGGAUCAAGAAAAUCAAGUAUUGAAUGAUGAUUAUGAUGAUAUUGAAAGCGAUACUGGGAAGGUCUUUGAGAGGAUAUACAGUCAACCUUUUUUGAUCAAGAGACGCAACACCACAUCGCAGAUAGCUAUUGUGGGUGCCAAUGUUUGUCCCGUCGAGAGCCUUGAUUAUGAGAUUGCAGAAAAUGAUUUAUUCAAACAGGAUUGGCGGUCAAGGAAGAAGAUCCAAAUAUUUCAGUAUGUUCUGCUUAAGUGGGUAUUUGCACUUAUUAUAGGGCUAGGCACUGGACUAGUUGGCAUCUUUAACAAUAUAGCAGUUGAGAAUAUUGCUGGGUUCAAGCUGCUACUGACUACAGAACUCAUGCUGAAGCACAAAUAUUACAAGGCUUUUGCGGCAUAUGCUGGCUGCAAUUUAGGUCUGGCAGCGGCAGCUGCAGCUCUUUGUGCUUUUAUUGCUCCAGCAGCGGCAGGUUCUGGUAUUCCUGAAGUGAAAGCCUAUCUCAAUGGUGUGGAUGCUCAUUCAAUACUGGCUCCAAGUACUCUUUUUGUAAAGAUUUUUGGUUCCGUUCUUGGUGUAUCUGCUGGAUUUGUCGUUGGCAAAGAAGGGCCUAUGGUUCAUACAGGUGCUUGCAUAGCUUCUUUAAUUGGGCAAGGAGGUUCGCGUAAAUACCAUUUGACUUGGAGAUGGCUUAGAUAUUUCAAAAAUGAUCGUGAUAGGCGAGACUUGAUAACUUGUGGAGCUGCUGCUGGUGUAGCUGCUGCCUUUCGUGCUCCAGUUGGUGGUGUCCUCUUUGCACUUGAAGAGGCAGCUUCAUGGUGGAGGAGUGCUCUUCUUUGGAGAACCUUUUUCACAACAGCAGUAGUUGCUAUAGUUUUGAGAGCUUUCAUACAAUUAUGCUCUACUGGAACUUGUGGGUUGUUUGGGAAAGGAGGACUGAUUAUGUAUGAUGUCAGUGCAGCCAAAGUUACAUAUAGUGCUCCAGAUAUACUGGCUGUGAUACUUCUAGGGAUUAUUGGAGGCAUUUUUGGAAGCCUAUAUAACUAUCUUGUGGAUAAGGUCCUUCGCACCUACAGCAUCAUCAAUGAAAGAGGAGCUACUAUCAAGAUCUUACUUGUUAUUACCAUCUCCCUGUUAACAUCAAUCUGUUCUUAUGGGUUGCCAUGGUUAGCUACGUGCAUCCCCUGCCCUGCUGAUGUGUCUGCAAGCUGCCCCAACACUGAUGUAUCUGGCAACUACAAAAGCUUUCAGUGUCCGUCAGGUCGUUACAAUGACCUGGCCUCCCUCUUUCUAAACACUAAUGAUGAUGCGAUUCGUAACCUAUUGAGUACCAGUACCGUGAAUGAAUUUCAUAUCUCCUCUCUUUUAAUCUUCUUUGUUGCUGUUUACUGCCUUGGCAUUAUCACUUAUGGCAUAGCUAUCCCCUCUGGGCUCUUCAUUCCUGUCAUAUUGGCUGGAGCUUGCUAUGGCCGCCUUGUUGGUAGACUAUUUGAACCCAUCUCUAAACUUGAUGUUGGUCUCUUUGCGCUCCUUGGGGCUGCUUCCUUUCUUGGUGGCACUAUGAGAAUGACAGUUUCCCUGUGUGUUAUACUGCUUGAGCUCACUAAUGAUUUAUUGUUGCUUCCGCUUGUCAUGUUGGUUCUCCUUAUCUCAAAAACCGUGGGUGAUAUUUUCAACAAGGGUGUCUAUGACCAAAUAGUAAAACUAAAAGGAUUGCCGUACAUGGAGGCUCAUGCAGAACCUUACAUGAAACAUAUAGUUGCUCGGGAUGUUGUUUCUGGUCCUUUGAUCACCUUUUCUGGUGUUGAAAAGGUGGGAAACAUAUUACAUGCUUUGAGAACUACGGGGCAUAAUGGGUUCCCUGUGAUUGAUGAACCGCCCUUUUCAGAUGCGCCAGAGUUGUGUGGGCUUGUUCUAAGGUCUCAUUUGCUUGUUUUGCUCAAGGGAAAGAUUUUUUCAAGGGAUAGGGUACUUGCAGGAGAUAAGGUAUUACAUAGAUUUUCGGAAUUUGACUUUGCUAAGGCAGGGUCAGGAAAGGGAAUCAAAUUAGAGGAUCUAGAUGUUCAAGAGGAGGAUAUGGACAUCUAUGUUGAUCUCCAUCAUAUCACCAAUGCAUCACCGUACACAGUGGUUGAAACCAUGUCACUUGCCAAAGCUGCAGUUCUCUUCCGUCAACUUGGUCUCCGGCACAUGUGCGUUGUACCUAAGAGUCAGGGGAGGCCUCCAAUUGUUGGAAUUCUGACACGGCAUGACUUCAUGCCAGAGCAUGUUUUGGGACUGUACCCCCACAUCAGGCUUCGGAAGUGAUGAUUGAUGUUUGAUCUUGGUCGGUGGAUUGAUAUUUCAUGUUUGGUUCCUUUGCAAGGUUAAGUUGGUAUUUGGCCUCUUUGUUGGAAAUGAAAUCUUUAAAACUAUGUCCAAACUUUGUUGAAAGAAAAGUCAUUCAGGCAGAGGGCCAUUAGUGAUAGAUGACACCAUAAUGAAAUUGGUUGAAGAGCCAUUUUGUGGUUUAUCUCUGGACAAACAUAUGGUCUUCAUUUGUUUCCUCCCCCCCCUUUUUUUAUGUCUGAUUUAUAGUGUAUAGUUGUUUUUGAUAGCAAUUGAACAGAAUUGCCAAGAAAUUUGUUAUUGGUGUAUUACAAAAGAUAGGAGGCUUUGCAAUAAUCAUUGUGAUGAUGAGUUUGUUUUAUCAUUGUUGCAACCUUUUCUUUGGUUUGCAUUUGCACCCAAGCAAGAGUUAUUUAUUUACU